AUGAGCUAGUCCAGUGUAACGAUUUGAACACUCUACUUACGGAAUUCGAAUUUAUUACCUCCUGCCAACGGGCCACCCUGCUGGACCCAAGUGACGGCCCAAAACCCCAUCAAAACGCACAAGGGGCAACAAGAGCCAGCUCUGAGUGCCGUCAGUGGUUUACUUCUCGGGGUAAACAUCCCGGGUUGGUUCUUCAUCGGUGGAUGUUCACUUAUCUCGUCGUUAACUAUGAACUUGCUGAACCAUGUGUCCUAACUGAGGACUGUAAUGGCAUUUUCCAUACCCAAGCACACAACACAAGAGCUCGGUCCCAGCGGCUGAAUAUAGAUAAGUAUUCUGAAUAUACGGUCUGAGUUGCCCUCGUCAGUGAGUGUUGUGUAUUCGCAGGAGGGCUCCUGUACGUACUCAAAAUUCCAGGGAAGCAAUUAUCGCCAAAACUUAGCCAUACUUCAUGAGGUUUCCCCUUUUCUUUACAUUUAAGAAAAUGCUGUUCCAUUCAUCACUGAAAGUUUUUCAGGAAAUUCAAGCCGGAAUGCCUGGUCGGAUGAAAAGAGUUCACAAGAGCUCAACAAGAGCCAGCUCAGAGUGCGGUCAGCGGUUUACUUCUCGAGGUAAACAUAAAUCGUAAACAUGGCGGUUGGUUCUUCAUCGGAUGUUCACUUAUCUUGUCGUGAAAAAAACAUCGCUGUUCUUUAGCAAGGAAAAAGGCAAAAAACCGACCUCAUUACCUUCUAUACACUAAAUCGAGCUGUAGUUUGGGUGUCAGCGAUGGCUAGUUCACGUGGAAUUAUCGAGCGAAGUUCGAGCACUCAUCAAGCUAUCGAAAGCGUCGUAAGCAACUUACAUCUCUGUGGGACAAGAAAAAACGAUGCUUCGUGAUUACGGAUCUUUCAAAAUGGAGGAAAAACAUGGAGACCAUCGAAAUACGGCAAGUUCACAAGACCAUAAAUAUUUCACCAAGGAGAUAGCGCAAGGUUUCUUGCCGUAGUGACAUUUUUUAGUUUAUCUUCUUUUAGGCUGUGUUGGUUUGACGAGAAUAGGAUGCCCUAUUUUUUUUUUUUUUUUUUUUUCAAAAUUACAGUUUGAAUUUGAUCCAUUUUUGCGUGUCUCAUCGAGCUGAACGAUAUGGGUGUCGUUUAAGUCUCGUUAAAUGCCUGGCUCGAGCUCACUGGAUAUAAAAGUUGGUUUGACACAUUAUGAAGACAUAUACUUAUAAAUAACAGUGGUGUUUGUUUUGUGCAGAGAUUUUUUGUUCUUGCUCAUUUGAUUUUAAUCUAGGUGUUGACAAUGGCCAUCACGGGUCUCCACUCGGGUGAACCGAAAAUUCCCUAUUUAAAACACGAAAAAUUUAACAGAUCUUAUCGGACGGAUUGUGGUUUUAGUAUAAGUACAUGAAUGUCUCACAACACACAAGAAAUGCCGGACCAUUCUUACAGAGACUGCCUCUUAAAUUAAAGAAAAAAAUAAAUAAACAGUUCAACAGAGCUUACAUUUCUUGUUUAUACACGAUCUAAAAUCCAGGGUCAACAUUGCGUAAAACUUAAUUACCAACAUAACAGUCAAAUCAUCACUGAGAGUCACCCAAAGGUGUGUUGUGUUUUACUGCCUUCCUUAAUACCAAACGACGACCUUAUUUUGUCGAGAUGAAGUCAAGCUUUUUCUUACUCCUGGCCAGUUGUUUCCUCGGCAGAGUUGCUGCGAAAACCACUCAGACCGAUACAUACAAACAGGUCGAUGAUGGCAAGAUUGUACUGCACCAGAUAUUUCACCCGUCGGGAACAGUCAAUUGCAAAGAGGAAAUCUCUUCGCUGAGGAAAGAAGUGGAAAUGCUGAGAAAAGAUCUGACCCAUCUAUUGGACAAGAAUGAAACCCAAGACCCCUGGAUCAAGCUUAACACAGCCCCGGUGUGUUUUGGUGCGAAAGGCAACCAGUUUGGCAAGUUCUCUGUUCCAUCCGGUGGCCGCUUGCUGGCAAUUAAACUUGUUCAUAUGUACGGUUACGUCAGGUGCACCACGGGCAACGUCCAAUAUUGGUCUUACUGGGGCUGCGGUACUGUACAUGGAGGCGUGGGAGAUCAAGUCAGUGUUGUGGUAACAACCUCUACUAAUGGAGUUCUUUUGCCUGCGAGUCAGUUCAUCACGGAUAGUACACAUAAGUGGUUUAGGAUUCCCGGAUAUAAUUCGCUGUCUCCUGAGCUCGUUCUGUCUGUGUUCUCCAGUCCCCCGACUGUUACCUCAGGACAAGUGCUACGCUUGUGGUAUGGUGAAGAUUUAGCGAGUGAUGUCGGUGAUCGUGACAACGAUGGAACAUCUUGUUGUGACGUGUUUGCUCGCCUCAUGUGAAACUAGAUGAUCCGCCUCCUUUUCAGCCUGGCUUUGAAACCCGUUUUAACAUAUGAUAUUAAGGGAAUGGUGCUGGGUUAAUUUUUUGUAGGUUCCUGUGAUUUGUUUUUAAUUUGAAAAACAAACUUCAGAAACUCAGUAAACUUGCAUUGAAAUGCCGUGAACAUCCGGUGUGUUAGUAUCUUAGUUAUCUUGUUCAUUAAAAUCUACUACCUUCUACACAUGUUCUAAAUUUGGCUCCAAAGGGUAAUCAUUCUUUAGGGGCGGGUCCAGGAUUUUUCCAGGGGAGGAGGGAGGGAGGUUGGGGUUGCAGAAUCAAUGGGGGGAAGUUCCCAAAAUGUUGCAUUUUAAGAAUUGGAAACUAAUUGAAAACCGUUUCGUCAGAAAUACUAGCGAUGCCAUAAACUUAGAAAUUACAAUGAGGUAUCUGUUCAGAGAGUUUGCCCUUAUUUCUGCGUAAUAAUCAAAAUCUUUUUCAUUGUUUUCUACGUUUUCCCUUCUCCAAAAGGGGUUGGCUUGCCAACUGAUCCACCCUCCCUAAAUCCGCCCCUGAUAUUUCAUGGUUUGGUGCAGACUGUGAUGUGGACAGUGUCAACUUUUGAAUGCAGCUUUUUACACUCUAUUCAUUGCUAGUUCACUUCAAACUAUAAAAAGUUAACCAGGAGCAACAAAGUUUUGUUCAACAGUCAACCCUUCAAAAUAACAAAAUAACAUUGGCUUUUGGUCUUGAAUUGCAAAGCCCAAAUUUCUCUGUUUCUUAUGCUCAAAUUGGGAUUUCCUUCAGCUUUCUUUGGUUGAAUCUGCC